UUGCGCGUGCGCAUGCGCAGCCGAAGCGGAGCCCGAACGGAAUUUGAGCUGUGUCGCAGCCGAGCCGAGUGGAGUGGGGUCGGAGGUGGUGGGCAUGCUGUCACCCGAGGCGGAACGGGUGCUUCGGUACCUGGUGGAGGUGGAAGAGCUCGCCGAGGAGGUGCUGGCGGACAAGCGACAGAUUGUGGAUCUGGACACCAAAAGGAAUCAGAACCGGGAGGGCCUGCGGGCUCUGCAGAAGGAUCUCAGCCUCUCCGAAGAUGUGAUGGUUUGCUUCGGGAACAUGUUCAUCAGGAUGCCUCACCCUCAGACGAAGGAGAUGAUUGAGAAAGAUCAGGACCAUCUGGAUAAAGAAAUAGAGAAACUCCGCAAACAACUUAAAGUGAAGGUCAACCGCCUCUUUGAGGCCCAAGGCAAACCAGAGCUGAAGGGUUUUAACCUGAAUCCCCUCAACCAGGAUGAGCUUAAAGCUCUCAAGAUCAUUUUAAAAGGAUGAAAUUCAAGAUGAGAUGGGGGACCUAGGACAGCAUCCCCCCUGAGGUCAUGGAGGACCCAGGACUCCAGCUUUGAAACCUGCAAGGACACGAUCCACCCUGCUAGAAGAUGGGCAUCUUUACACUUUAAGAUGUAAAGAAGAUCUGCCCCAUGAAAAGCCUUUGUCUGGGGGGAUUGGCUCUCCGUGAUGGCAGGAGGGAGCCCUCAGCCUGCCAGUGUCUGCUGGGGCGGACUGCUGGGGCUGGAUGGACACAAGGCCCAUUGACAGGCCCUGGCAGCCACCAGUGCUGAGUGGGGGCAGCGCCUGUGGGGGUGUGAGAAUGGCCACAACAGGCACUUUUAACAAGGGCCCCUGUUCAGAUGGGCCCCGGACGUCGGGGAGCAUCAUUCCUGCAUUCCUCUCCAGAAGAGAGGCAUUCUCAAGCAGCAUGUAGUGGAAUUGGAAUAAAGCAGGAGGCUCACAGGUGGUUUCUGAAUGAAAGGCCGAACCAGGGUUUCGUAGUUCACCACAGCCAUCUGUGGGCCAGACGCACCACUCCCCCAGCACCGCCUCCACUUUGACCCUUUUUUCCUGCUUGCCCCCAGAAUGGAGCCCAGAGUGGGUGCUGCUUAUCAAACUCUUGCACCUGUCUUUUAGUCAGGAAGGCCUUGCAGAGUCCCACACCAGGGACGGGUGGGGGAGCUGCCUCUUCACGAGGCCCUCUGCCACCUCUGAAGGCGGGGCCUGGGUCAGCGCCACUCAGGGUUCCGGCCUGCCUUCGCUGGUGUCAGAUCCUAAUGUGCUGUGAGGCAACACGCUGUCUUUCAUGUCACUGAGAGCUUAAUAAAUGUUUCCUAAACGAA